CUCAGAUGCUGCGCAAAAAAAGUGGAUUCUCUUCUAAAUUGUCGCCUCCCAGAUGCGGCGUGAAGCUGGCGCAGGGGACGCGCAACUUGGUGUGGUCUCUGAGAGAGCUGAACGCGGCAUUCGGCAAUUCCCGUUGCCCUUAGUCUGGGGACCCGAAGCCGAGCUCCUCCGAACGUGGCAUUCGGCUAUUUCCGCCGACGAUCUCGGGAUCCUUCAUGAGCACCCCGAAGUGACGUUAACAGCGUUCGCCAUGCUGUUGAAACUGAUGACGAGAAGCACAUAAAGCAAAAAAACCUUUCAAACCGGUUGUUGUGAUGCUGACAUAUUAACCAAUAAAACGCCAAAUGGUCGAGCGGGGGACCGGUUAGAAUUUGAAGAGGGAUAUGACAGCUUUCAUAACUCAUCCAUCAGUGAGAGUUAAAGGAACAGAGCAUAACUACAAUCCAGUUUUCUGCCAAGAUGAAAAAUGUUCUUCUAACUCUAAAGGUAGCCACAUGCACUGUCCCUUUUGUAGUGUGACUGAUGCCUACCAGGACCCUGUCAUCUUGAGAGCACAUUACAGAGUUAAACAUGUUGACAAAGGGCUUGAUUUUGCAGGUUUGAAGAUACUUCGCUGUUGUAAUCACUGUGACAUCAUUGGAACUAUCAAAGAAGAAAAGAAAUUUAAAGGUGCACACUGGCACUGCUACCGCUGUCGAAAUGGUUUCAAUAGACGUGAUGAAGCUAUCAAGCAUUACAAAACUCAUUUCCGCAACCCUCAUACGACUUUUCAAAUUCAAAUUACACAAGAGGUAAAUAGUCGACAGUAUUACGAACAAAGUGCAGAAGCUCAUCAUAAAGCUUAUGGAGGCAACCACAUUACCUCUGGUGGGACAAUGGAUAUCACGCCAUUUAGUCCUGUUGUGACAGAAGUAGCCAUUAACACAACAACCUCGACUCUUACCACGGGGAAGAAUGAUACUAUUGUAGGACAGGCUGCAAAGGAUGGCAAUCUGACCAAUGGUAUCACUGCUGAUGCCAAAGAAUCUAUGGGCUCUACGUCAGCAGAUGAUCAUCAAACUCUGGUACUUAUGGACCCAGAUGGGGAAAAUGGAGAGCUUGUGUACAGUGAUACUGCAAACCUAGUUGUAGAACAGAGCGAUGGCAUUUUGGAUCAAAAUCUGCUAAUAGAAAAGCAACUACUUGAACUACACCAGCAGAAUCAUCAACUUAGAGUAGAGAAAGCAGAAACUGAGCGCAGGCUCCAAAUGGAAAUCCAACAGCUAAAAAAUCAGAUUGCAGGUCUUACAGAGGCCAAUUGGCAAAUGGCUGAAGAACUAAAGCAAUAUAAAUGUUCCAGAGAUAUUGAGAAUAAAAUAAAUCAAAUGAUUGAACAGAUGGAGAUGCAGCACAAGGAGCUCUUACAGAUGCAGGUGGAGCUGCUACGGAAAGAGUAUAACAAGUUAAAUCAUCAAGCUAAUGGUGGCUCUGAUUCUAUUCAGGAUUCUAAAGAUGAUUGCACUGAUGGAACUGAGCGUACAACUGAACAGACAUUUGUGGGCAGUGCAACUUUGUCCCCCAAGCGUCAUAGCAUAACACUGACCUUACCAACCACUAUAGUGACAUCGCAUGAAAUCGUGACCUCUGAGCAUGGAAUCAUGUCAACAUCAGAUGAUGUAAUUGCAGCAUCUGAAAUGGACCUCAGUUCUGGAAAUGUCAUAUCCUUCAUUGAGCCUAAUAAUAAUUCAUCAAAUGAAUCUGCAGGUUUGACAACACUUGAAAUUGUAGAGGUCCAUUUAGACAGUGAGUCAACCAUUUCAAAUAUGGAGUCAACUUCCCCCACACGCGUACAUCUGUAUCCUGUCACACACAUCACUGAUAAUGUUGAACUUUCCUCUGGCAAACGGAUUUCUGAAGAGGAUCCGGAAGAAGGAAGUCAAUCAAAAAUCCAGAGAACUGUUUGAAACAGUGUACUGCUAUGUUAUUUUAUAGUGUCGAAAUGUAUGGCUUUAUUUUUAUUCAAUAUUUCAAUGAAUAAUUUAUUAAUAUUUAAUUCAGAAUUGUUCUUAUUUUAGUUUUUUAAAUGGAGGUUAGAGAGAAUUUAUUUGACUUAUGAACUUUGACCAUUUCAGAUUGCUUUGUGCCAAAGAAUACUGUGCAGUUUCCUUGUGCAGCAGAGAUUUAGGCAAUACAAUAAAUCCUUAUUUCUUAAGGUGAGAGAGCAAGACUGUAGACUGACCUUU